AUGCACGGUGCAUCCAUGUGCGGUACCCUGACGAGGCUUUGUGGCGCAAAGAUUCACUUGGGUGUCACAGAACACAUCAACUACUCCUUCGUCAUGGCGAUCUACACCAACUUUUCGCUCUGGGAGGACAAGCUGUCCGCGUUGGACGAGGCUGAGGUUCUCCAAAUUGUCAAGCAGAAGCUAAACCUGGACUCGGAAUCGGAAUCUCUAUGGUACUGGGAUUUUGAAUCUUGGGUAGCUGGUUUGAAUAUAUUCACGUUCGACACGGCCAGGUUUACACUGACAGUGACAGAGCAAAACUGCGGCUACUCCUCGCAACCGUCCUUCUUGCGACUUCCUGAUUGGAUGGUCAGCAAGGACGUUAAGCCCGGGGACUGUCCACGAUUUCACUACGGCGUCGGAGUGCCGUUUCGCAAGCUGCGUGCCUACGCUAUCAAGAAGAAAUUCAUCGACGAGGACGCCACAAACAUGGACGUAUAUGCAUGCACAGAGCUCAUCACUUACAGUCUCAUGGACGCGUGUGGUACCUCUCUUCACUACGCCGUUCCCUUGCAUAUCGCCUACAAUUCGAUGAUCGCAUUGUAUACGAAUUUCAACGUGUAUCGUGAAGAGCUUACCGAGAAGGACGAAAUCGAAGUUAUCCAUAUCCUCAAGCGCGAACUCGAGCUGGGGUCGAACGUGAAGGCGCGGUGGUACUGGGAUCUUGAUACCCCUAGCACUGCAAGAGUCCGAGCGAUUCCCGCACCACUAGAGUACUUCGAACACAAGUCGCGUGCAGCACGCGGCUUGCCAUACGAUCCCGCGCCGCAAAGCGGUUGCGUUCCCUCAGUUGGCUGA